GCGAUGUACAUGGAUACUAUCUUAUUGCUGGUUAGUUUGAUGGCGGUCGUCAUUCAAGGUUCGCCGUACCGCCGGGUGUGUUACUUCACCAACUGGUCAAGAUGGCGUCAGGGAAUAGGAAAGUUCACUGUGUACGACGUGGAACCAUUUCUCUGCACUCACAUCGUGUACGCGUUUGGAACGUUCGACAGCAGCGGGAAGGUGAAACCUCUGAAUCAGGGCCCGGAUGAGAAAGACUGGGCCGCUCUGUCUAAAAUGAAACAAAUAAACAAGAACCUGAAGCUGCUGUUGGCGCUCGGUGGAUGGAACUUCGGCAGCGUUAGAUUUUCCAAUAUGGCCGCCAACCCAACAGUCAGGUCAAAGUUCAUCUACAACGCUGUAGACUUUCUCCGGAAGUAUGACUUCGAUGGCCUUGACAUUGACUGGGAAUACCCCACAGCUCGAGGCGGCGUGGCUGCUGAUAAAGCUAAUUUAGUAACACUGUGUAAGGAAUUAAUCGACGCCUUUAACGACGAUGCCACGAAGAGAGGUAAAGAUCGUCUGCUCCUGACAGCUGCAGUUCCCGCCAAUCCAAAAACCGCUGAAAGAGGCUAUGACGUAAUGGCACUCAGCAAAUAUUUUGACUUCAUCAAUCUGAUGACGUAUGACUUCCAUGGAGGAUGGGACGGGAAAACUGGCUUCAACAGUCCACUGUAUGCGGCCCCACAUGAUCCGAACCCCACCUUCAACAUGGACGCUGCUGCUAAAUGGUGGCACGGUGCUGGAUGUCCCAAAGACAAGAUCAUUGUUGGGUUCGCCACCUACGGACGAAGUUUCACACUGAGGGACCCGUCUGAGAGCGGGGUGGGUGCCCCGGCCUCGACCGGACCCGCGGGACCCUACACUAGGGGCCAGGGCUUCUGGGCCUAUUACGAGAUAUGUCAGAGUAUUGAAAAAGGAGGCCAGGUGAUUUUUGACGACGACCAGAAGGUUCCGUACUAUUUGAAGGACACGCUGUGGAUCGGAUACGACAACGAACACAGCUUCACUGUGAAGGCCAACUGGCUGAAAGAGAACGGUUACAGCGGCGUCAUGUUCUGGGCGCUCGACCUCGACGACUUCAGCAAUGCGUGCACGACGUCAACCAGGACGUAUCCACUUAUCAAAACUGUCAUUGAUAUCCUCGACGGCGCCAUGCCUGUUAGAACAAUAUCUACUCAAGUGGAGCCAACAGACACUACGGCAGCAGAUACCCAGCAGGACGAAACCCUGACAGUAACAGACUACUGAACUGAACUGAA